AUGGCGGGGAUUGCACCCAUCUACUCGGCCACCUACAGCAGUGUCCCGGUGUACGAACUGAAGAUCGAUGGCGAAAGUGUGAUGCGACGGAGAGCAGACGACUGGAUCAAUGCUACACACAUUCUUAAGGCAGCUGGCUUUGAUAAGCCUGCGCGAACCAGAAUCCUCGAGCGCGAAGUACAAAAGGGGGUUCAUGAGAAAGUUCAAGGUGGCUAUGGCAAGUAUCAAGGAACGUGGAUCCCUCUGGCGGAUGGGCGCAUGCUCGCGGAACGAAACAACAUUUACACCAAAAUCGCACCCAUCUUCGAAUACACUGCUGGAGACCGCAGUCCUCCUCCCGCACCAAAGCACACGACAGCUUCAUCCAAGCCACGAGCUCCUCGGAAAUCAACCACUCGUACUAGUACUGCUCCUACACAGGCUCACAGGACUGUUCAACCACAGCGCAGCAUGGGGCCUCCCAACCUUCCUCACGAGCAGCACGACACGAACGCCAUGUUGGACGACAACGAGUCGAUCGAACAGGCAACUAUCGAAUCAUCCUCCAUCAUCGCAGAUGAAGAACCGCUUCAGAUGCCACACCACAGAAGCCGUAAGCGCAAGAGAAGAAUGAGCGAGUCACGCGUCUUGUCGAUCUCGGAGCAGGAGCAUAUUCUGUACGGUGAUCAACUCUUGGACUAUUUCGUCACUGUCGGCGACAGACUCAGCAGAUUCAUCCGCGCCCCGCAGCCGCCCGAUGAUUAUCAAGUCGAUUAUCCGGUCGAUAACUUGGGUAACACUGCUCUGCACUGGGCCUGCUCGAUGGGCGACUUGAAUGUCAUUCACGAUCUCCUCGAACGCGGUGCCAACGUGAACGCCGUCUCGAUGCACGACGAGACCCCACUUAUCCGAGCUGUCCUCUUCACGAACAACUACGAGAAGCAAAGCUUCCCCGCCGUGCUGGACUUGCUCAUGGAAACCAUCGGCCUUCGAGACUGGUUCGGGGCAACGCUGUUCCAUCAUAUCGCGCAGACAACCCGGAGCAAGGGUAAAUGGAAGAGCGCCAAGUACUACAGUCAGGUCGCUAUCCACAAGCUACGGAACGCGUUCACGCAGGAGGAAAUCGAUCUGCUCCUGUGUUGUCAAGACAACAAUGGUGAUACAGCCGCCUUGGUUGCUGCGCGAAAUGGCGCGACUGAAGUGGUGGAAGUGCUUCUCAAGCAGUGUCCUCGAGCGGGCGAUCUGAUGAACAAGAAAGGGGAGACAGUUGCCAGUAUCACUCGCGAAUUUGCAGCCAACGCUCACCAAGCCGAACCCGAUGUCCCGCCGGCGCCCUCCUCCGUGACCAUGGCCAACGACCAGGUCGAUGGCGCUCCAACUGAUACGAUGCCCCCAAACCAGUCUUCCAACGCCGCGCCCGUUCACUCUGCGCUGACUUCCGAGCUGCUCUCCAAGAUUGGAACAAUCAUGUCGGAGGCCCACAAGAAGCUUGCCUCGACUUACGGUAAUUCCAAGCUGAAUGAGCAGGGUUCCACUGAUGUUACCAACCCUGAGGCUCUGUACCAACAGCUGGAGUCAGACCGUGAGAAGAUACAGAAGCAAGUGACAAUCCUCAUGUCCAAGGAGGCAGAACUCGAACCCUCUGAGGCCCAACUCAGCCGCCAUGAGAGCGUCCGAACUCGCUUUGAGUCCCUGCUCGAGCAGCGACAACACGCCUUGCUCGCUUCAAAGCUCACCGGAGAUGAUCACCUGCAUGACGUUGCGCCGAAAGUGUCUCAUUUCAGCCAACAGGAACUGGAAGAGCGCUUUGAACUCAUGGGCACUCUUUUUUCUGAGCAGAUGGCCCGCCGGAACGCUGUCAAGGAUCUGGCGCAACAGACCGCUGACGCCGGUGUGAGCACCAAAUUCGAUGUGCACAGAAGACUUGUUGCGCUGGCCACCAACCUGAAGGAAGAGGAACUGGAUCCAAUGGCUGCCGAGUUGGCCGAAACCCUGGAGUUCGACCGCAACCAUGGCAAGGGUUCUCCCCCAGAGCCCGAGCAAAAGAUCCUGCCUCCCCGCCAGGACUAG